UAUGUUCAAGCUUCUUUUUAUUUUUUAUUUCCAUGUCUGGUGCAAGUUUUUUUUUAUUAUUUUUUAUUUUAAUGUGUUGGAUUUUUAUUGCCCACUAAGUGUUUGAUUAUUUGCUUCACUGAGUUUUGCAACAUUUGAUUAUCGAAUCAAGGCCCCUGUCGUCAUGUACGUGCCUUGCUUUCAAAAUGGUAUGAGUUGUCAAUACAUUUUUCUUACUUUUUUGCUAAAAAUGUUCCAUUGAGAUAUAGGGAUUUAGGUGGUCUUCCUUAUGUCAAGGAAAAUCCAUUUUUCAUAAAGCAAAUGCUGGAUUUUGCUUUGAUUAUCAGUUGGUGGAUGUGCCUGAUUUCCAUGGGAAAGGUGAGAGUGCACCUUCUCCUUGGUUCUAUCAAAAUGAAGGGGAGGCUGAAUAUCUUGUUAGUGUUUAUAUUUAUAUGCGGUUGUUGGGGUACCCUGCACAUAAAAUAUCAAUCUUGACAACUUAUAAUGGUCAGAAUCUUCUCAUACGCGAUGUUCUUAAUAGAAGAUGUGCUCCUUAUGAUUUCAUUGGCCUUCCACACAAGGUUGCAACGGUUGACAAGUUUCAAGGUCAACAUAAUGAUUUUAUUCUUUUGUCUCUUGUGAGGACACGAUUUUUGGGGCACCUUCGUGAUGUUAGAAGACUGAGUGUUGCAAUGUCACGUGCUCGAUUGGGACUUUAUGUGUUUUGUAGGAGGUCAUUGUUUGAGCAAUAUGAACUACAACCCACUUUUCAGCUUUUACUCCAAAGGCCAGACUUGCUUGCACUCAAUAUGCAUGAGGUUGCACCUGCUACUGAUCGUCCUGUUGGAGACACCGAGCCCACAUAUUUUGUCCGUGGGAUUGAUGAAAUGGCUGGAAUUGUUAACUUUAGAAUGCAUCAAGUCUAUCAGGUAAUAAUUGAUUUUUUUUAAUGAGUUGGAGUGAAGGUAGUGAUAUGAUUUUUUUUUGGAU